AUGCAUAUUUCUGCCGUCCACGAUCGAACAUAUCCCACUGACAUGAGCCGCGCGCUUGGCAGCUGGAAAUGUGUUCUUGAUGAUAUUGAUGCAGCUAGUUUGAUCGAAAAACUAGUAAGAUACUUGGCUACUGGUGACUCAUAUAAAACUAUAUCAUUUAGUUAUCGAGUUGGCAAGUCAACAAUUGUUGGUAUUGUACCUGAAGUUUGCGAGGCUAUUUGGCGUCUACAACCACAGUACAUGCCUAUUCCAGGAGAGAAGGACUGGAUUGAGAUAGCAGCAGAAUUCCAGAAACGAUGGCAAUUCCCUAACUGCAUCGAUGCCCUUGAUCGGAAACACGUAGUCAUUCAAGCCCCUCCAAAUUCUGGGUCAACAUUCUACAACUAUAAAGGUACUUUCUCUGUGGUGCUGAUGACACUGGUAGAUGCAAUGUAUUGUUUCAGUAUCAUAGAUGUUGGAGCAUAUGGGUCAAAUAGUGAUGGUGGCAUAUUGGCCAAAAAUUGGGUUAGGUAA